AUGAGCUCCGCACCAAUACCAAGAAGACCACCAGGGAGUCAAGACGUCCAGAAGUUGGCCGUUCUCACGCUCAUUACCUCACUCGGAUACUAUGCCGUCCAAGAGGUGCUCGUGCGCGUCGUCGAGCCGUUUGACAGCAGUCACCUCCUCGCCAGCACCGCACCAGGGCUGCGGUGGGACGCGCUCCACUUCCUUGGCAUCGCUACGCGCGGCUAUACCUACGAACAACAAUUAGCGUUUCAGCCAGGAUGGCAAGGACUGCUACACAUCUUAGGCACCGAUGCGGGUGCGAUCCUACGCCGCGCGGCGAUUGUCAAUACAAUUGCGCGCGUUGGUGCGGUCGUAUUUCUCUACAAACUCACGCGUGCACUCUUCGAUCGCCGCACAGCCCUAAUCGCGGGUGUGCUGUACGCCUUUCCCCCUGCGCCUGCCGUCCUCGCGGCCCCGUACACCGAGACGACCUUUGCACUCGCCACGUUUGUGGGGUUCUACGCCAUGACCACAUCGAAGUGGUGGGCUUCUGCACUGGCGUUCGCAGUCGCGGCGAGUUUGCGAGCCACCGGCGUGUUCACGACCAUUCCGCUCGCAUACGCCAUUCUCGCCCCGCUACUGAAACAGUACGGACUAGACAUCCCCCGCCUUGCUCCGCGCGUCAUCUUUACAGGAAUACUCUGCGUGAUCGUGAUUCUACCCUUCGUCACGUUCCAGGCUUGGACCUGGGCCCAGUUCUGCCUCCCAGAACCUACCCGACCAUGGUGUACCAAGCUCCUCCCCUCGUCGUAUAGCUUCGUGCAGGGCGAGUACUGGAACAUCGGCCUCUUCAAGUACUGGCGCCCAGAGCAGGUACCGAACAUUGCCCUUGCUGUGCCCGUGCUUGCUGUUUCGCUGAUAGGGGUGUACCGUCACUUCACCAAUAAUACCACUACUUGCACUCAAGCUGGCCCCUCGUCGACAAACGAGGUCGUCACCACUGCGAUCGUUGUAUACGUCGCCCUAAUGGAUGCGCUACUCAUCUUCGCCUCACACACGCAGAUUGCAUUGCGCCUGGCCCCUACAGAUCCUGUCGUUUGGUGGACCUUGGCUUGCAACUUCGUCUCGACGGGAGGCAAAGGCAGAAAGUUGAAUCGGCUGGAGAAGGCGUGGGGUUUGUGGGUUUGGGUGUGGGGGGCAGUGUCGCUGGUUUUAUGGAGUGGCCACUACCCACCAGCAUAG